AGAAAUAUGAUGAACCAGAAUGUCAUUGUCACCGACAGAAAACCCAUCUUGAGCUCGAAAACCAUCACUGUCUCUAACUCUCCCCUGUUCUCUCCAACUCCCACUUACUUUACCUUUCCUCGUCGAAAGUUCUUGGAACUUCUCGAAGCAUCCGACAAGAACAGCAACAACAUCACCAAGAACAAUCUUGGUGCUGGUAAGAUUGCAUCCUGGGUCGAUUCCAUGCGUGAUUCUUCUCCUACACGUCUCAGACCCUCUUCACGUGACUCUGUCUCAGACAACGACCAUAAAACAUCUUGGAUCGUUCGAUUUCCAUCGGCUUUAAAUCUGUUUGAUGAGAUUGUGAAUGCUGCAAAGGGGAAACAAAUUGUUAUGUUUCUUGAUUACGAUGGGACGCUUUCUCCCAUAGUUGAAGAUCCUGACAAAGCUUACAUAACACAUGAGAUGCGAGAGGUUGUAAAGAAUGUGGCUCUAAACUUCCCAACUGCUAUAGUUACUGGAAGAUCCAUUGAUAAGGUUCGUAGUUUUGUCAAACUCAGUGAGAUUUACUACGCUGGAAGCCAUGGCAUGGACAUUGAAGGUCCUACCAACGAAAACACAUACGGCGAGAGUAAUCAAGGAGUGCUGUUUCAGUCUGCUCGUGAAUUUGUACCGAUGAUUGAGAAGGUGGUUAAGAUUUUAGAGGAAAAGACAAAAGGGAUCCCUGGGGCUAUGGUGGAGAACAACAAGUUUUGUCUGUCCGUACAUUUUCGACGUGUUGAUGAGAAGAGAUGGACCGCAUUAGCCGAACAAGUAAAGUCAGUUCUAAUUGACUAUCCACAGCUGAAACUAACCCAAGGAAGAAAGGUUCUUGAAAUCCGCCCUACAAUCAAAUGGGACAAGGGCCAGGCUCUCAAUUUUUUGCUAAAAUCAUUAGGGUUUGAAAAGUCAGAAGAUGUUGUUCCGGUGUAUAUUGGAGAUGACCGUACCGACGAAGAUGCGUUUAAGGUUUUACGUGAACGGGGACAAGGUUUUGGGAUUCUUGUCUCAAAAGUUCCAAAAGAAAGCAAUGCCUCCUACUCUCUCCAAGACCCUGCUCAGGUUAAUGAGUUUCUGAAGCGUUUAGUAGAGUGGAAGAGGAAGACAGUCGGGGAAGCUUGAAAACAUGCAACAUUAAUAACACCUGAGUAUAUUUUACAAAAUUUAGAGGAGAAAAUAAUCAGCAUAUAUAGACAACCUUUUAAGAAAACUAGUACUAGUACUAGAUUCCUGGAGGUGUUUUUGGAACUUUAACUAGAGAGCUGUCUUGGCCAGAAGCAUCUUUACUUUUCUACAUCGAUCGAGAAAUUGUAAAUUUAUGAAGAAAAAACAAUUAAUAUAAUUUCC